CGAUUCUUGAAACCCACCGACAGCAGCAUGCGCGUCCGGCGGACCACCGGUGUCCUCGCACUCGUCGCCGCCAUGUCGGUCCAUGCACAUACGCCUAGCACGGCCUCGCCGCCAGAUGUAGCCGCUCACUGCGCCGCGCCCAACUCGGCGGCGAUGGCCGAAUCCGUGCUCCUGCAGACCUGCACGACGACACGCGAGAGCGGGCCAACGUCGAUGCGCGCUCUUGUCGGUGCCUACGUGCCGCUCGACGACAUCGUCAAUGGCCUCGAUGCUCUCUUUGCCCUGCCCGAGCUCUCAACCAACAUCGAUGUGGCCGAAGUCGCCCAUGCGCUUUCCGACGCUGUCGUCGCGUCGUGGGCUGCCUUUGUCACGUGGUGGUCGUUUGCCAAGCUACUGCUCGUACCGCUCUUGGCAUACCUCGUCCUUGUCGUCGAUGUCUUGAUGCCGCACGCCAAAACAUGCGCGCUGGCGCUCUACGAUGCGUUCCUGGACCUCGACCUCGAGGUGCAAGUCGGCCUCGUGAGCGUCAUGCUCUUCGUGUACUUGGCGCUCCGGCGCGGCUACUAUCGCAAGUUCAUCAAGCUCUACCUCCGGCUUCGCGCGACCUUGCGCCGGGCGUACCACCGCGCCCUGUCGCAAGUGUUCGCCAAGUCCAAGCUCGCGGGCAUGGCGCUGCCGCACGUAUUUUUUGCCGUCGCCGCCUACGUCCUGCUGCAAGUCGACGCGAUCGUCUUUUUGAUUGGCCACGAAAACGUUCUCAUCUUCCUAGCGCGCUGGCUGCCGGUCUUCAAGUCGAUGCAAACGGUCUUUUUGCGGCGCCGAAAAGCACUCACCGAGCCGCUCACGCCCACCGACGACGAGUACCUCGAGCAAUGCCUGCACGUCUGGAUCCCGUGGGCGUUCUACCACACCAGCGUCAGCCUUCUCUCGCUCGCACUGCCGUCGUUUGUCCUCUCCAUGUGCUCGAUGUCGCUCCUCCCGACCAACGUGUUUUUGCUCUGGCUGUACCUCCCGCUCACGCGCGGCUACCGCGUCGUGUACGCCGCCAUUGCCGCGUACAUGCACCCGUUUGCCAACCGGCUGCCAGUCAACGGCGAAGGCGACGAGCACGCGUCGUCCAACAUGGUGCUGCGCGCCCUGACCGCGAUGGGCGCGCUCUCGGUGCGGUCGGCCAACUUUUUGCGGGACUUGCGCGCCCAAGGCCCGGCGCUGCUCGGGCUGCUCUUCCUUGGGACGCCCGGGUUUCUCACGAUCCGGGGUUGCGAUUUGAUUGCGCUAGCGUUUCCGGCGUACGUGGCCAUGGGCACGUUAGCGCUCGGGCACCGCCGCACGCACGAGUGGUGGGUGUGCUACUUUACAGUCGUUGCGAUCGUCGAGGCGCUCUACGCUUCACUCGAAGUUGUCUUUUGGUGGGUGCCCUUCUUCUACCAUACCAAGUUGCUCCUCCUGCUCUGGCUUCAAUUCCCGUACUUUCAUGGCGCGCAAGUGGUCUUUGACGCGGUGUUCCACAGCGUCUUUAUCUUGCGCCCGCGACGCCCUCGUCUGGUGGUCGACACCACCGUGCUCUCGGAGGCUGCCACGUAAUGGGCCGUCAAUACACCCUAUGUACUCUACCAUUGCAUAAGUGUCUUUGGGUGCAUGCUAGAGGAAAUUUGUUUAAUAUGGCAU